GGGUGGCCCCCUGUCGGAUUUAGGGGUGCGACCACUGGAGGGGAACUGUUGGUUGCGUGCGCAGCUCGGCGGUUUCUUUUAGGGAGCUGCUGCUGCGAUGGGGAAGGCCUGGCGCUGGUUUCUUCUGGGGGUUUUCGCCACCUCCAUCACUUUGGGAGCAAGCCAGGAGUUCGCCCCUUACCCCGACAUCAACAACAAGGCCUUUAUCAAAGAGUAUGUCGACGCACAUAACACAUUCCGGAGAGGAGUCAAGCCCAGCGCUACCAACAUGCUGUACAUGUCAUUUGAUUUAGCUUUAGCUAGAAUAGCUAAAGCUUAUGCAAAGAAAUGUAUUUGGGACCACAAUAAUAAUGAUAUGAUCCACCCAGAUCCUAAAUUUCAGCCUUUUGGAGAAAAUUUGUGGAUGGGAGGUGCUAGCACACAACCUUUUAAUGUUACUGCUGCCAUUGAAUUAUUUUACUCAGAGACAAAAUACUACGAUUUAAGUGCCCACAAAUGUACAGGUGUAUGUGGUCAUUAUACUCAGGUUGUUUGGGCUUCUUCUUAUAAAGUUGGCUGUGCUGCUACUUUCUGCCGUAAACUCAAAAGGGAUGAGAAUAUGGGAUUUCUAGUGUGUAAUUAUGCUCCAGCGGGCAACUAUAAAGGGGUCCGCCCUUACAAAGCAGGGAAUCCAUGUAGUGAGUGCCAAGCAAAAGACACAUGUGAAAAUAAUCUAUGUAGAAAUCUACAACGUGAUCAGGAAAAUACCAGCUAUGCAAACUGGUAUCCACCAUCAAAGGUUUUAAGGCCUUCGUUAAUGUUUAUAGCAUUUGUAGCUGUUUAUUUCUUAAAACUCUAUUAUCCUGGAUAAAAUUUUGAAAAAAAUCUUUCCUGUUCAUGUAGCUUAUA